CCUGAGCCUGGGAAAAUGAAAUAUCUCUAAGCCGCUGAUGGAGAAGAAGCGCCGUGCACGCAUCAAUGUGUCCCUAGAGCAGCUCAAGUCACUGCUGGAGAAACACUAUUCACACCAGAUCCGGAAACGCAAGUUGGAAAAGGCCGACAUCCUGGAGUUGAGUGUCAAGUACAUGAAAAGUCUUCAGAACUCAUUGCAAGGGCUCUGGCUGGUACCUAGCGGAGCUGAGUACCCGUCGGGCUUCCGAGGCUGCCUACCCGGCGUAAGCCAGCGCCUUCGGCGCGGAGAGGAGGGUGGUGGCGGCCUGCGCUGCCCCCUGGUGCCCGAGCGCGCGGGCGGCAGCACCAUGGACAGCGUCAGCCCUGUCCCAGAGGCGCGCUCUCUGCGCCGCCCCUGCGUCCCCGCUGUUUGGGCUCCUGUUCCGGCUGCCGGCGGCUCCCGGUCCCCGCCACCCCGGCUUCUCCUCCCCAGAGAUCUCCCUAGCUCCUCUACCAACAUCCCAGAGCCACCACCAGCGUCCUGCCGCCGAACCGAGAACCCCGAACCCGGGCUGCGCGUGUGGCGGCCCUGGUGA